AUGUCCUGGGCGGCGGGUCCCGGCACCUUGCCGCUGUUUGUGCAGGGGCGUCCCCCAGGGAUCACGUUCGGUGGAUCCUGGCAACAAGCUCCCGUCGCAACCUUGGAAGGGAGCGGUGCUGUUAGGUCGCCGAGUCCUCAGCUUCUCCGCAUCCGCCGUGGAUCAUUGAACAACAAAGCCUCGAAUUUCGAACUCUCAUGCGCCACGGAAGAUGAGAUCGACAUCUUCGCGGAGAUGAGCUCUUCCUCUCCAACGCCCGGCCAAUCGCCGCCGCAACGGCCUUCCAAAAGAAGCGAAAUCCCACAGAAACUGCGCAAUGGCUCUGUCAUUAUCCCCUCCACUGGCGAACGGUCACACCGCAGUUUUACCCUCCGGCCUUCUAGCUUGUUCUCAUCAAGGCAAGCCGAUGCUUCCGAGUCUCCCGAGACCGAGCCUGGCUUUUCACGGCAGUCUAUCUCGAACCGAGCACAUGCGACGGCACAUAGCGUCCGCGAAGGAGGCGCCCCGUUCCUCCGCUGGUUGAACUCUCCUGUCGGUCAUGGGAUAAUAAAGUGCACGCUCGCAUACACGUUGGGCAGCUUAGCAACUUUCUGGCCGCCCCUCUCCAACUUCUUAGGCAGACCAGACGGGAAACACGUCGUGGCUACCUUGACCGUCUACUUCCAUCCUGCGAGGUCUAUGGGAUCCAUGAUCGAGGCGGUCCUGAUCGCGAUUGUGGCCGUCGCAUACGCCGAAUUAGUCUCCAUUCUAUCCAUGUGCACAUCGAUACUUUUUGGUAGCGUUUUGGGAAUGGUCACCCUUGCCCAUGGCCUGGUUUUAGCCGUCUUCAUAGGGGGCGGCUUUGGCUUCAUCGGAUGGGUCAAGCAGAGGAUGAACAACCCGCUCGUCAAUGUCGGCAGCACCCUUGCUUCGCUCGCUAUCAUCGGCGUUGUUACCAAAGAGACAGCUGUCCUCACGAGCGUCUUCUCGAACCAAAAGAUUGUCCAAAUUCUCAAAAUGCUUCUGAUGGGCAUCACGAUCACCACGAUUGUCAACGUUACGGUGUGGAGAGCAUCCGCCGUAUCCGCUCUACGUCAGUCAAUGACCAAGGGAUCAAUCUCGCUCGGCGGCAUGCUGUCGCUGAUCACCCGUGGUUUUCUCAGUGGGUCCGAAGACGACGUGCUCUCACCUGAAUUUGCCGCCGCCUCCUCUGCGUACUCGUCUGUCUAUCCACAAAUGACCAAGAAUCUCCGCGAGGCCAAGUUUGAGCGUUACUUUCUGGGACGUGAGAGGGUCUACCAACUCGAUAGGGCGGUGGUGAGGUCGAUGGAGACCCUGGCCCAGUCCAUUGGCGGGUUGCGCAGCGCCGCGAACUCUCAAUUUGCUCUCCUCAAGGAGCCUAUGGCUCCAUUAUCGCGUGUCGGGUCUCCGGUCGGUCGCGUUACCUCUCCCCUUUUCUCGCCGAACCUCCAUCGGACGAUAGUUAGCACUAUGAGAAACGGGAGGGAAGGGUUGCCCUUGCUAUCCGCCAUCGACGAGGCAUCUGAUGAGAGCCGUGAGGAGGAGGGUGGUUAUUUUGCCCCGAGACGCCAGUCCGAUGCCACCGCUGCAAGCCUGCCUCCCUUCAGACACGCGUCAGAGAUCUUUGCACUUUUUAUUGAGUUGCUCGGGCCUUCGAUGAAGUCAUUGGCCUAUACCUUGUCCGAGGUUCUCCAAGAUCCUCCGUUCGGAGCAGCCCCCGACUAUAAAAUCACCAUCAACGACCAUUUUCGUAACAGCCUUGCCGAUGCUUUGUCCCUGUUCAACGAAGCCAGGGCGCAUGCCCUUCAAGAACUGUACAAGACCCUUGAACUAGACCGUACUCGGUCCGAGGCGAUCCAGGCCGACUUUGAAGAGGUUGCGGCCGCUUGCGGUCAUUUUAGUUUCAGCCUACAAACGUUUGGCGAGGAGAUGCAGAAGUACUUGGAUGUAUUGGAUGACCUAAAGCUUGCCGAUGAGCACAACAAACGUAGUUGGCAUUGGCUCAAGUGGUGGAGGAACGGCCGCCAACCCGGCCAGAAAGCCUUAGCCCUGCCGUACGACAACGAAGAGCAAGAGCCCUUGAUCAAACCGAUCAAGAAGACCGCGAUGCCCCGAGGCGUAGAGCCGUUGCUCAGGCGGAGAGACACGUUCAGCUGGGAAGCUGCCCCGGAGACCAAGAAAAGUAAAGUCGUCGCAACAUUAUCUCAAAGGGUUCUUAAGGCGGCAAGGAGGUUGGCCAGAGAUGACCUUCGGUUUGGCUUGAAAGUCGGCGUCGGAGCGGCCCUUUGGGCCUCGCUCGCAUUCAUCCCACAGACCAGGGAAACGUACCGGCACUGGAGAGGCGAAUGGGGCCUUCUUUCGUUUAUGAUUGUCUGUUCCAUGACUGUAGGAGCCGCCAACACGACCGGCUGGGCAAGGUUCUUGGGGACCCUCAUCGGCAUUGCAACCGCGGGUCUGAACUGGGAGGUAUCGCAGCAAAGUCCCUUCGCCCUCAUUCCACUCGGGUCGCUCGUGGCAUUUUGGAGUUUUUAUGUCAUUAUCGCGCGAGGGAACGCCCCUAAUGGGGAGAAUCACGCUACUGGCCUACAACGUGUCGACGCUGUACGCCUACAGUCUCUCUCAAAGGUUGACGAUGACGAUGACGACGAAGGUGGGGUGGACCCUAUUAUCAAGGAAAUCCUGCUUCAUCGAUUCACAGCGGUGACGGUUGGGAUUAUUUGGGGGUUGAUUGUGUGCCGUCUGAUUUGGCCCAUCUCCGCACGCAAGAAAUUCAAGGAGGGCCUCAGCAUGCUGUACCUCCAGAUGGGCCUUAUCUGGAAGCGUGGGCCGCUUGCCAUUCUACUCCGCAGCGACUGCACCCGCUCCUAUCUCCGCACCGGUGAGCAGGCGGCCCUCCAAAAGUAUGCCGCGCGCCUCGACAGCCUCCGUAGCAGCGCCGCCCGCGAGUUUGAGCUCCGCGGCCCGUUUCCCUCGGAACAAAGCCGGCUACUCAUGGGCUGCGCCCAACGUCUGCUCGACGCCUUCUACGCCAUGUCACUCGUCACGCAGCGCAAGGGCAACUUGACUGAGGGCGAGCGCGCCCUGCUGCUGUAUACGGCCGACGAGCGGGCCAUGUUGUGCGAUCGCAUCUGCCACGUCUUCCAGGUGCUGGCCUCGUCGCUUAUGCUCGAGUACCCGCUCACGGACGCCAUCCCCAGCGUGACGCGGAUGCGGGAUCGACUGCUGGGGAAGAUCUUUCAGUUCCGGAAGGACCAUCAACAGGAUGCCGACGAGGGCGGUAGUAACAAUGACGCUACGACGAACUAUGUUGGCCUUGGGCGUUUGGGACAUUUGAAUGUGCAAGAACAUGACUACGCGCUGCUUUAUGCUUAUGCUUUGGUCACGGGCCAGGUGGCGGAGGAGUUGAAGGUGGUUGCUAAGGAGAUCGAGGGUUUGUUUGGCGUUCUGGAUGACGAGACUCUGCUUCUGCAGUGA